AUGAAGAAGCACUCGGCCCGGGUGGCCCCGCUCAGCGCCUGCAACAGUCCGGUCCUUACCCUCACCAAAGUGGAAGGGGAGGAGCGCCCCCGGGACUCCCCGGGCCCGGCGGAGGCCCAGGCACCGGCUGGGGCGGAUGCCAGCGGCCGAACGAGCCACCCCUGCUGGAGAUGCUCCCGGGCACAGCUCAAGAAGAUUUUCUGGGGCGUGGCGGUGGUGCUGUGCGUGUGUUCCUCCUGGGCGGGCUCCACGCAGCUUGCCAAGCUGACCUUCAGGAAGUUCGAUGCUCCCUUCACCUUGACGUGGUUUGCCACCAACUGGAACUUUCUGUUUUUCCCGUUGUAUUACGUGGGGCACGUCUGCAAGUCGGAGGAGAAGCAGUCUGUGAGGCAGAGAUACAGGGAAUGCUGUCGAUUUUUUGGAGACAAUGGCUUGACUUUGAAGGUGUUUUUUACCAAGGCAGCACCCUUUGGUGUUCUUUGGACACUCACAAACUACUUGUACUUACAUGCAAUAAAGAAAGUAAACACUACGGAUGUCUCCGUGUUGUUCUGCUGCAACAAAGCUUUUGUGUUCUUGCUCUCAUGGAUCGUUCUCAGGGACAGGUUCAUGGGAGUGAGGAUCGUGGCCGCCAUCCUCGCCAUUGCUGGGAUCGUGAUGAUGACCUACGCCGACGGCUUCCACAGCCACUCUGUCAUCGGCAUAGCGCUGGUGGUGGGCUCUGCGUCCAUGUCUGCCCUGUACAAGGUUCUGUUCAAGCUCCUCCUGGGCAGUGCUAAGUUCGGAGAAGCCGCCUUAUUUUUGUCCAUUUUGGGCGUGUUUAACAUCCUCUUCAUCACCUGUAUCCCCGUCAUCCUCUACUUCACCAAAGUGGAAUACUGGAGCUCGUUCCAUGACAUUCCAUGGGGGAACCUUUGUGGAUUUUCAGUCCUCUUGUUGACAUUCAAUAUUGUAUUAAAUUUUGGAAUCGCUGUUACGUAUCCCACUCUGAUGUCUGUUGGAAUCGUCCUCAGUGUACCUGUGAAUGCAGUGGUGGAUCACUACACCAGUAAGAUAGUCUUCAACGGGGUGCGGGUUAUCGCCAUCAUCAUCAUCGGCCUGGGCUUCCUCCUCCUGCUUCUGCCCGAGGAGUGGGACGUCUGGCUCAUCAAGCUUCUCACCCGCCUCAAAGUGAGGAAGAAGGAGGAGACGGCGGAGGGCGGCGCGGACCCGGGCUUGGGGCCUCAGAGCAAGAGCCGAAGGGCCCGGCCCUCCUUCGCGCGCUGACCGCGGCCCUGCAGGACUCUGCGGCGAUCGCUCACGCUCGGGUUAGGGCCUCGGAGGUCUGCUCCGGACGGGGGACCCUCGGUUGGGUAAGGUGUGUACAUACCUGUACAGUUCCGGUAACCUGCGGUAAGUUAUACGGUAUUUAUUGGCAUGUCCAAUUUGCUUGCACUUUUCCCACAUCAGACCUUUCACCUAAGGGUACCAGUUCCAAAUGGAAGAGAAGAGACGAGCCUCCAGCCCUUUCGAAAUGAAUGUCAAUGUCAGUGUUCGGGGGGACAAGAGGCAGGGCGCGUGUUUUGAAUCUUAGCAACUGCAAAUUACAUUGCACACUGUGAUUAUUUUCCAGCUAUGGUAGGGUCACAUUUUGUUUUAUACCAGAGCUGUACUCUUAAUUUUAAGGGAUUUCAAAUGAACCAAAAGACAACUGUAAGUCACUUUGUGUGGUUGGAGGAUGGAUGGAGGGAUGGAUGCGAAGAGAGGAAGCAGAAAGGUACAAACGGACUUCGGGACCCACCGGCGGUGGCUGACCUGGGGGUGGCAGGUGGAGGACAGGUCCCCGGCCAGGUUACAGAGAGGGAGGGAGGAGUCGGAGCCCCAGCUGGCCUGCUCUCACGUGAGUGUGUAAGAUCGUGCAAGAGAAAUUACAGUGCCUUCUACAGAAUUUUUGUCCUUACCUACGUGAAGCGAGGUGACAUUGUAAGUCACUGGCGCCGUCUUAUAAUUUAGAUGUACAAAAUCUUUAGAAACAAAACUAUGUGUGUGUACGUGUACAAAAACAACAGGCUGACGACCAGUGUAAGGGAACAUGGCUAGCGGUGUGCAUUGCACAUGUCAGAUGGACACGGCGAGACUGUGAACUGCUGGUUGCUUUUACUCCAUGACCAAGAUGGAAAAAUUAUCUACCGAAUCUGUAAACCUUUUUAUGAAACUUUUAAAGCACCAGGCUGUUUACUUACACAGUUUAGGUCUGCCAGAAAAUUCUAUCUGUGAUAGAUCUGUCAAGAGGGACGUGGGGGUUAGAGUUUACUAUUUUUGAAGUUUACAUUGUUACAUACGAAAUGGAAACCUUAUUUUGAAAUGUUGUCAUAACCCAGUGGUGCAUUCUGUGACCAUGGAGUCUUUCGUUUCCUAGGGGAAAGGGGCAUUCAUGACCUGAACUUUGUAGCAAAUUAUUAUUCUCAGUUUCCAUUACCUGUUUGGCCAAACAGAUUAAUAAACUAUUUAAAAAAGAA